UGAAGAUUAGAAAUAAAUGAGAUAAGGAUUGAACAAAAGGAAAUUAGAAAGUAUUUAUUUAAUUUUAAAAUGAGGUUUCGGCUUUUGUUCUUCAAAUCCUUAUGAUCCUCGUACUUAAUAAGAAUUAGUGUUGCAUAUAUCAAAUUAAGUUUAGAAAGGAAAUGAUUUUACAAUAAAAAUGUAUAGUUGGAUGAAAAUUUCAAUAUUAAAAAAGAAGAUAAAUGAAAUAACUAAAUUAGAUUUAGCUAAUAUAAGAAUUCUUUAUAAAAAUCAAGAACUUUCUUUAAAUAAAUAAGAUCUAGAAGUAAAAUAAAUUAAUAAAAUGAAAGGAAUAUGGGAUAAAAAAUCAUGUCACUCUUAAAUUAAUGGCUAGAAAAUAGGGAGAAUAAUUAUAUUUUAUCAACAGUAUUCAUAAUAUUUUGGAAGAAUCAAAGAAAACUUAAGAAGAAUUUUAGAAUGCAAAAUGGGCAGUAGAAGGCGCAUUUAUGACAGGAAUAACACCAAAAUUAACAGCAUUUGGUACUUAAGGAACAUAUAUAUUGGAGGAUUAAAAUCAUAAACCAGUUGCUAUUUUUAAACCAUAUGAUGAGGAAGCAUUUGCGUAGAUUUUUAAAUAAGAAUUUAUAGUCCAAAUAAUCCAAGAGGUAUGAGAGCUAAAAUGAAUUCUCCAGGAUUAAGAUAAGGUAUUUUAUCAGGAGAAGGAGUUGAUAGAGAAGUAGCAACAUAUUUGAUAGAUUAAUCAUCUUAACAUUAUCAUGAUGGUAAUUUAUGAAAAUAUAUAAUUUAGUUCCUCUUACUAAUUAUGUUUAAAUUUGUCAUUCUGCAUUUCAUGAAGCUGAAGAAUAUAAAUAAUUUUAAUAUGAGAAGAUUCCAAUUAAAGAGGGAUCAUUUUAAUUAUAUGUUAAACAUGAUGAUAAUGUUGGAAAUUUUGGAAGUAGGUUAUUCCCUUCUCUUGAAGCUAGAAAAAUAGCUAUUUUAGAUAUUAGAAUUUUAAAUUGUGAUAGAAAUGAAGAAAAUAUUUUAGUUAGAAAAAAGUAUAUACUUAUUAAUCUUAUAUUAUUAUAGAAAGAUAAAAUAACCACAAGGAUAAACUAGAUAAGCAUAUGAUUAUUUUCUUAUACCUAUUGAUCAUGGUUAUGCAUUUCCAGAUUCUUUUAAAAUUUGUAGAGAUGAACUGGUUUGGUAUCAUUGGGGAUAAAUGACUUAAUAAUUUACUCAAGAAGAAAAAUAUUUUAUUGAUAAAAUAGAUCCAAUUAAAGAUGUUUAAAUCUUAAGAGAGAAAGUUAAAUUAAGAGAAAUUUGUUUAAGAAAUACUAGAAUUUCUACAACUUUAUUAAAACUUGGUACAUAAGCAGAUUUGACUAUCCAUGAUAUUUCGUAUAUAAAAUUAUUUAUUUUAUAGUGAAAUUUUAUAUAGAGAAGAUCCAGAUGAAUUAUCACCUAUUGAAAUAGCUAUUAGUAAAGCCUAGCAUAAUUACGAGUAUAUUAAUAUAUAUUUAUAAAUAGUAAUAAUAUAAGAGUACCAAAAGGAUAUUCUAAUUUUAAUGAUAAAAUAUUUUCAAAUAAUUUAGUUUAAAAAUCUUUAGAAUUUGAUUCAUCUAGUUUAUAAAAACAAGAAAAAGUUAAAUAAAUUAAACCAUUAAUAAAAUUAGAAAAAAUUGAUGAAAAUGAAAUUGUUUAAAAUGAAACUUUGAUUAAAGAUAAUUAAGGAAUAUAAACAUCAGAUAAAAAAUUAGUUAGAGUAGGAUCAGAAUAAGAAAUAAAAAAAUGUUCAAAAUAUAUAGAAAAAGAAUGGAAUGAAGAUUUUUAUUCUCAUGUGGCUUAUUUCUUGCAAUAAAUAAUUGAUAACAAAUUGCAAGAAAAAUAACAAUCUCCUCGUAGGUAUAGAUCUAGAUACAUAAGUGAAGAAGUUAAAUGA